AUGUACUUUGGUUCUAGAUUGAUCUUUGGUUCUUCUUUUGCAGGAAUCACUUUGUGGGACUGUGAUGACCUUCAAGAUCAUAUUAGAGACAGACCACACAAAUAUAAUAAUUUUGAAAUAGUUGCUUCUGAAUCAAUUGAGGACAAAUCUUCAGCCCUGAAUGUUGAAGCAUCACUGAAGGCAAGUUUCUUGAGUGGACUGGUAGAGGUUGGAGGAUCAGCUAAAUACCUGAACGAUACUAAGACUUCCAAAAAUCAGGCCAGAGUAACACUGAAGUACCAAGCUACCACAAAGUUCCAAGAACUGUCCAUGGAUCAUCUUGGAGGAGAACAUGUUAAGAAACAUCAGGUUGUGUUUGAUCAAGGAAUAGCAACACAUGUAGUCACAGGUAUCCUUUAUGGCGCACAAGCCUUCUUUGUCUUUGACCGUGAGGUGUCUGUCAACGAGAACCUUCAAGACAUUCAGGGCAACUUGAAGGUGAUGGUCAAUAAAAUGACCUCCCUUUCAAUAGAUGGUGAAGGCUCGCUGAAAAUGGAAGACAAUGAAAGAAAAAACGUUGAGAAAUUCUCCUGCAGAUUCAUUGGCGACUUUUUCAUUCAGAAACCUCCUACAUCCUUUCAGGAGGCAGUAGAGGUGUACCAAAGUCUGCCAAAGCUGCUGGAGGGCGGGGAAAACGCAGUACCAGUGAAGGUCUGGCUGUUGCCUCUGACAUGUUUAGAUUCUACUGCUGCUAAACUUGUCCGUCAGAUAAGUAUAGGGUUAGUUGAAGAAUGUCAGAAUGUCCUGGAGGACUUCAGUGACCUGGACAUGAGGUUCAACGAUGCACUGAGAACCCAAACUACACAGCAGUUCCCACAGAUUGGAAAAAAACUCAAAACCUUUAAAAAGAUGUGCUCUGUGUUCAAACUGGAAUUCCAACGAACCCUGGCAAAGAAACUGCCAUCAAUCCGAGGAGGAGGAGAAGAAGAAGCUGUGCUCGCAGAGGAACUGAGGAAGACAUGUUCUUCUCCUUUCAACAGCAAGGACCUGAACGAGUGGAUGGACUGUAAGGUCAGAGAAAUUCAUUGUUUAAAGUCAUACAUCAACAUGAUGAAAAACACCAAGAUCGUUCCAUGUGAAAACGAUCUUAAUGAAGAAAUUCUCAAAGCAGAGCAUGCUGUGUGUUUUGUCUUCACCUCGCUGGGAAGUGAUGAACCGUACCUCUCAACUUUAUCAAACUACCUGAAACAAACACCCAAACCAGACGACGCCCAAGAUCCACACCCUCCAGAUCAAUGGUACAACUCAAGAGAAGAAAGGAAGCAGUGCUGCAUAAAGCAAAGCUCUUCAGUGAUUUUGCAGAGGCCAACAAGGAGAACAAGAACAUCACAUUUCUGACAGUGGGUUUAACAAAGGAGACAC